CCAACAGAAUAUCCCCACCUACACACCCCUGCACCCUCCUGCCCAUUGCUGAGAAGGGACCCAGCUAAAGGACCACUCGGAUGGGCAAGGAGAUCAGCAAGGGUACGGGUAAGGACAGGGCUGAGGACCCGGUAUCGGUUAGUGUUAGACACCAGUGGACUAUUGAAAAAGGGACCACGUUGUUAUUUUGUAGUCCGAACUUCAGAUAGCCGCGUCACUGAUUGUAAUGCUUAAGGACUCAGGAUGCAGCUGAGACUGCGAGAGCAAUCCAGGUAGAAUCACCAGAUUACAAUUCCCUGCCGUGUCUGUCACACAGCUUCGAGGUCGUUGCGCGCACGGGCUUCGGGAAUCCGUUGAUUGAGUUCGUAGUAAGAGGAAUAAUUUUCUUGCUAAAGAUUCUUCUUCGUUAACGUCUUGAUGGUUGGUUGAAGUGGCACGUCGUCUUGUUUUGAGACAGGAUGGGUUUAUAUAUAUAAAUAUAAAAAAACUGCUAUUAUACACACGGUGAAAGUACUUUGGUGUGCAUGCAGUCUAAUUGAACUGGUAUACACUGUUGAUAUGGAAGGAUAUAUUGUGUUCAUAUUAAAUCCUCAAUCCCUCGUCUAAUCCUGCGAAUUUCGAUUCAGCACUGGACAGCUCCUCUCGCAGUCAGCACUGGGGUCGGGAGUUCGCACCACGGAGCGCUCAGCCAAUAUCGACAGACAGCUGCUUUCUGUGGAUCAAAUAUCACCGCGAAGGGAAACAAUUUUCGACCUAAAUACGAACGCGACAAUCGAAGAGUGAGGAACCAGCUCUGGGCUGUGUUGCUGUGAGGACAAGGCCAGCGUUUACUUUAGAAAUAAUAAGCACAGGCGCAUUUGUUGAAUUGUGAGUGCGGGGAAUCAUAGUUUUACCUUGUGUGUAGACAGGAUCAAGAGAAACUAUCGCUUUGGAAUUCAUUCCGGUUUUGGACUUUGAAAAAGUUUCGUCCUUUUACUUUGUGGAUUUUCCAGACAAUGUCAUCUUUUAACUGGAUUAACUGGGAUGAUGACGCUAGUAAAUUAAUGCAUGGAGUGUGUGGGAGAUCUGAAAGUUAUUUUACCGAAAGAUACCCGUUUUAGUUAAUUCCAUUUGUAUUGGAACCAGUCUAGCCUAAAUGCAUUCUUGAUAGUUACAUCUAACUACAGUUCGAGUCAACUCAAUAAUUGUCUUGUACUUUACAAAAACAGGUAAUUUCCACGCUGAACAAGGUACAGGCAGAGGGAUGCGCAAUCGCGGCAGUGCUGCACACUUUACAAACCUCUUUCAAAAUAGGAAACGUGCAUUCUACUUGGCAAAGAUCGGAUAGACUUCAGCAUGCCACAUAUCUUUUUUGAAAGGCGAGCCUCAUAUUUAAAUUCGGGGUUUAUUUGUUGUUACACAUUUAGUUGUUUUUAUUUUAUUUUAUUAUUAUUAAUUUGGAGGUCAUCAUGAUUGUGUGUAACACCAGUGCCAUCAAAGACUGGAGCUAUUUCCUCUCUCAGAUAUUACCGCUUGUCAACAGAACAGCCAGCCUGGUUCAUCAAAGUGUCAGCUCGAUGGAAGCCACCACCAGUUCCUUGGUGAGCGUCCUGGAGCCAGACCGCAGCAGCUUUGUGCCAAACAGCCAGCCUGUGAACACCUCGAACCACACCACUGGGCUUGAGCACCUGUUCCAGUACUCUUACUCAGAGAAUGAACUUCUGUAUACUGACUUCAAGCCCCCUGCCCGGGACGCGAUCCCGCUACCCAAAGCCGUGCUGUACUUAUUAAUGGCAGCGCUCGUCGUAGUGGUCGUAGUCUACGCCAUUGUGGGGCACCUCAUUAAGGACUUGGUCCAUGAAUUUGUGGACUGGAUAUGUGGUCCUAGUCCCGAUGACAACAGCAACAAGAGCGACGUGAACUGCAUCACAAACAGCAUGAAUGACGUCACUCACUACCCACACCUGGAUGAAAUGAACCGAAUGGAUAGGAUUCAGACUGAGCACGAGCUCGGAGCUGAUCAGCUGAUCAUCACUAUACACGAGACUUCACAGUUACCCCGGGGGGAGGCGUGCAGCGGCACUUAAACCCACCGCCGUGUCUGUAUAAUAAUACUCUUUCAAUCAACAGCUCUUGUGUGUCUCGGGACGCUGCAACAGCACGACCUAUCGGGCAGCGGCAGAUCGGCUCUUGUUUUAACACAGGGGGGAAGUUCAAGGAUAAUGCAUUAAGCGGGAUGCGUUACUGCAAAGAUUUAGCAAAAGCUACAUUGCUGUUCUGGAUCGUGGAGAGGAAAAUUGUCAGUUCUGUGCACUGAUGUCUUAUGUACUUGUAACUGUAAACAAAUAAAAAUAAAAAAAGACUUUCAUUUUACCUUCAAAGUGGACUUAUAAACAGAGCUAUUGGUUGGAUAUGCGCACACUUGAACACUGGUACACUGAUGGGUUUAAAUAUCUUUUUGGAAUCCGUCCAUUUAUGUUUUAAAGAUGAACAAUCAUUUUAUGAAUUCUAAGGUACGCUUGCUUGUGUUUUGUUCUCAAAGUAUGAGGAAAAAACAAUUCUAAAUACAAAGUAAUUUCAAGCUGGAUUAUACCAUUUGUUGCAUGUCACAUUAUGGUAAAACUUUACAUUAAGUGUAUCGUAUUACUGUGUAUUUACAUAGUAGUUACUUAGUAAAUGCAUGUGUACUUACACAUAGUUACAAUGUUAUUAUGCAUGGUUACAAUGUACUUAAUGUGUAACUUUUUUGCAUGAUGUAACCCUAACCCUAACUCUAAACCUAACCAUAACCCUCCUAACACUAACCCUAACCCUUUCUGAUACAAUUGUGUACUUACAUAUAUCAUACAAAAAGAUGUACAUGUGCUUAAUAUGUAUAAUAACACUGUAAUUAUGUGUAAGUACACAUGUAUUUACUGAGUAAUUACAAUGUAAAUACACAGUAAUUAGAGACACAAUGUAAAGUGUUACCAUUUUUACUAUGGUUAUUUUGUUUGUGAUUAAUUUGGUAUUUCAUCAAAUUCAUGCUCAGAAUUACAGGGAAACACAGUGAAGUUGCAUUUAAUGUUUAAUUCAAAAUAUACUGUAGCCGUGGACAUUCUGAGAUUCAUUUGCAUUUCAUUCAUAUAAAACUGCAAGGGAUUUUUAAUUUUUUAACCUAAAUGCUGCCAUCAGGGAAUAUGCAUGACUGCAUUACAAGUGACGUGGUUUCUGAAGGAUCAGCAUAUUGCAGGCCUCGGAAUGACUCCGUAGUUGCAUUAAAAUACAUACACCACAAGAGGGCGCUGACACGCAAGUUGUGUUAAUAAGCAAAGGAUAUUGAAGGACAGUUCAAAACUGUAACACUAAAACGCCAUACCAAUUGAAAAGUAUAGCACACGGUGCAGGGUUGAAUAUAUAUAUAUAUAUAUAUAUAUAUAUAUAUAUAUAUAU